GAUAGCGAGAUAGACAAUUCGUACGAAGGUCUUCUGCGCUUGGGUGAACGCAUCGGCUUCGCAGGACCGCAGCAUACGCCGUCAUCGAUAAUCAACUCGUUGCGUAGAGGCAUCUUUAGUGGAUUCCCGAACCCUGGCAAUGAGACUCGGUGUCCAAUAUGUCUCGACGAUUAUCUACCGGAUGUUCAGGUACUUGCCGCCUAUCCAUGCAACCACUUCUACCACUCUGAAUGCCUUGAGCAAUGGUUGCAAAGCUCUCGCUCAUGUCCAAACUGCCGUACAAGGAUCCAACCCCCGCGUUCACCGACAACCGCUUUUGCUCGAACGGAAAACUCGAUCCCUUCGGCUCCACUUAACACAAACUCACUGGAGCAGCCUGUUGCACAUGGUGGGGCCCCAGGUGGGCUCCGAGAAGCAAUGACUUCUGCUGAAACUCAGACUGAGUCUAUGCUUGGCAUCGAAAAUCGGGUCGAAGAGAUGUAG